CCUGCAGUCGCCAUUUUGUUUAGUCUGUGUCCGGCUGCUACAGAAAACGAAGAGGGACGGCUUCUCUCCUACAUCACACAACUUUUAAUAUCUUUUUAAAUCUGAAACCGGUAAUUAACACCACAUGUUGACACAAUACAUUUCUGGUACAUGGUAGUGUUUAAAUGUCGAACGUGUGUACGAGGUUAAUUAUCAAAUAAAAACUGUUAACAUUUAGCUAACGCUAGCAAUAAGGUCGCGAGGUGGUUUAGGUAGGCCUCUGUUCAGCGUAAAUAACCUUAAACCACAUGAACAUACACUCAUAAAGUUUAAACGUAGAAAGUCGUUAUCUCGUUACACGUUAUCUCGUCAACACAUUGUCUAUCGUUUACCGGAUAGUUCAUUUCCUUGGCUGCUGGGAACCGCUUGUAGAUCGUCUCAGGUAGCUUUGGGCUGCUUACUAUUGUUCCACAGUAAGUAUGUUAAUGUUGUUUUGACUGUCUUGGUUUUUCAGUUAUUCAUCAUACGUGUCUUGGACCGACACAGAAGGUGCCCUGUCACUUGCUUUCCCACAAAACUUCGAUUCUGGUCAGCAGCCUCAAAUAUUUUUGCGUUAAAACUUGCGUUAAUGUCACCGGCAUAAGUGAUUUUCGAGGUAGCAGCUUGGAUAGCUGUUAGUUUGACUCUUAUUUCAGUUGAAAUGCUUUAUCGUCACUCAGAGUGCUUUCUAUCUAUUACUCAGAUGGGCGGCAGACGUGUUGUUCAAGCUGGUCGUCAGUGUCGAACAAGGCCCUCCAUGUCUCGAGUAAAUACACAACCCAACUGCUGUGGACUCAUUGUAAAUGUAAUUGUCCUUAAUUCUGGAUUAGAUACAUGAAAUCAAUCAACACAUAAUCAUGGGUUGAGAUUUUAGCCAGUCUGUUCCACGACCUGGUUCCCUUUUAUAGCUGUAUCCUAGUUUGCCCUACAGUCUUUUAUUGAAAGAAUAUUUGUGUCGUCGUGUUGCUGUGUAUCUCUUUGUGGAAAUGUCAAAUUCAUUUGUUCUUCUGCACAAAUGUCUGUCUCCUAAUAACUUAUUUUCAGUUCCCUGGGGAGUGUUUUUGAUUGGUUUGUAGGUUUAAAUUCAUCCUCUCCGCCCUUUGUUGGGAUCCCUGGAUAUGGAUAGCUUGACUCCCCCAUCAGAAUUCAUUGGCGGAAGAUUUUUUUUCUUCAGCACUGAUUACCUACACCUGAUAAUAUCUAGAAGCUUGAGUAUCUUGCCCAUUUUUUUCUGCUGCCAUCAUCAAAUGCCACCAAAUCCAAGAUGAAGCUGAGGAUUUUUUUCCCAUCUACCCACAUUUGGCCCCUUUUUGCCACACCAGUUAAAGCCGUUUGGAUCAAGUUCUUUCUUUUGUGGCUGUCCAUGUUCCCCCAUUUAUUUCUUUUAAUUAGUUACACCAAUUAAUAAAAACAAUGUUACAAAUAUCACCAAAGGACUCUAUUGCAUCCACCAUCAGUAAUAGUUAGCAGUCUGGCGGAGAUAAAGAUGUCUCAGAGGAGGGAUAUCGUAGGAAGACAAGUGUCUCUGGGCGAUCCAACCCCCUUUUCCUCUUAUCUCAUGGAUCAAGUGUUCCUUCAGGACUCCAUAUCCUCACGGAGACACCCCACCAGCAGUGCGCUCAAGAGGGAGGAAAACUUCUCAGCCACCUCAGGGAGAGUCCUGUCAGUCCUGAAGAGAACCAUCCACCGCGUUUAAAGUUUGAAGUCUUAAGUUGGAGACGCAUACCAGCAUUACUAUGACCAACCAUGGAGAUGACUGCUACUUCUUUUACUAUUCCACCUGCACUAAAGGAGACAGCUGCCCCUUCAGACACUGUGAGGCCGCAAUGGGCAAUGAAACAGUCUGCAAUCUGUGGCAGGAAGGACGCUGCUUUCGGACCAUCUGCAAGUUUCGACACAUGGAAAUCACAAAAAACAGAAAGGAGAUACCUUGCUAUUGGGAGAAACAGCCUGCCGGCUGCCAGAAAUCACACUGUGCCUUCCUCCAUGAAAGGCCCCGCUACAUAGAGGGCAUCUUUUUCCCACCUGAUAAAGGUCUGAGCAAGAAUGAGGAGCAGCCACUUGAGGAAACAGUUCUCCCACCAACUGUCCCUCUUGCAACUGCAGCCAACCCCCAGCUCAGAGGGGUCAUUAAGACCGAAAGUCAGGAGCCAGUACCAAGCCCCACUCACCCACCAGUGGUGAUCAAUCCUGCAGAUGAUGAUGAGGAUGAAGAUGACCUUUUCUCAGAGGAGGGAGAUGAUGGCAGGGCCGGCUCUUCUCAUCGAAAGCUACCCAAAUUAGAUGACUCACUGAAUUUUGGAGUUAGCACCCUGGAGGAGAUCAGACUCAGGAAGGCUCUGAAGACCAGCAUGAAGAGAGCCGGUUACCCCAUCCAGAGUUCUGAUACCUUGGCCAACGGAGAGAAAGAAAACAUCCAGUCAUUAUGUCGUCCAGCCCUCUAUGAGGCCAGAGAUGGCCAAUUUGUCUUUGAAGAAACUGGGAGAUCAAGAGGCAGUGUGGCUGAAAGGCUCGGAAGGAAGAUGCCAACUAUCAAUGAAAAAAGUGGAGGCGGUGUCCAGCUGAAAAGGAGUCUGGCUGAACGUCUGGGCAGAGUUGUGGAUGAGGAAGAGCCAUUAAUGUCCCCACAGAAAGUUUUUAAGCCUAUUAAGGAAAGACUUGGAUCAACAACUGCUCUUGUUGCACUCACUGACCCAGCUGAGACCAACACAGAAUCUAAGAAAGCUCAUGAGCAGAUACGCAUCAAAACUCUGGAGGAGAUCAAACAGGAGAAGGCAGCAAUGUCUAAGAGCCAGAACGAUAGUCCUUCUAUUGUGGGUCCAGAGAGCACCAAAACCAAUAAAGGUGUUAAGCGAGCCAUCAGUGUUAAAGAUGACUCAAUUCGCAGUGUCAAAACGUUCUCAGAGAUCCUUCCAGCCAAGAAGACAAGGAAGGAGGAGCAGAACCCCAGCCCAAAAAAGGCAAAGCACACUGUGGAGAAACCCCCAGGCAAGAGCCAAGCACAGCCGAAUGCAGCUGGGCCCUGUCCUGAGGCUACAAACAUAGAGGAAGUUCGAGUAAAGACCCUGGAGGAGAUCCGCAGGGAGAAGGCAGCAAAGAUACAGGCUCAACAGGGUAUGCAGGCUGAAAACAAGAGGAGCACUGAUACUAAGGAAAAUGGUGAAAAGAUUCCUUGCCUACUGCGUAUCAACGAACCAGCUCUCCAAAGCAGCAUCACAACACAGAACAGAGCUGAAGUUACAGCUCAAACUGCUGCUCCUGAGACCAGCCCUGCCAAGACCUACAACGUCAAGGUCAAGACCUUCGAGGAGAUCAUGCGCGAGAAGCGCCUCCGCAGGCAGGAAAUGGAGGAGCAGGACAAAACCUCAGCUGAAGCAAGUGAUUUGAUCCCCCUCAAAUCCAAGGCUGCAUCACCUCUCAACAGCACUACUUCUCCUGGUGCAAGAGUUGCAGCUGUGACCUCAGUCCCUGUUAAGCAGAGCUCUUCACCAAGGGCGUGUGAGUCUAAGUCACAGAUUCCCAGAAACUCCAGGGAGGUCUCAGACAAAAACUCAAGGAACUCCACAGCACCGCCACCAGCCAAGCAGUCCAGAGCAGCUCCUCAUGAACCUGCAGAGUUCCUGGCCACUGAUAAAACACUGAGCAAUAAUCAGAAGAAAUCCCCAGAACGCACUCGAGAUGCCAAAGUGAGGCCCAAACUGAAUGUGAAGCCAUCUGUCAUGAAGCCUGCAGUGCAGGUGAAACCAGGCCAGAAGAGGAGGGGAACAGAGCGAUCUGCUGUGGCUGCUGUGAAACCUCUGAACAGUAGCUGCACAGAGGUGGAGGAGCCACUGCAAGAGACAGUAUGCCAAGAUGGACAAGUGUUACCAUCCUCCAGUGCUGCUGUUCCCCCCAGUCCCAGCACCCUGCUGGACUGCCUGGACUGCAGCUCCAGCCCUCUGAGAGAGGAGCUCCAGACUGUCCCUGUUUUCAAUGAGAGUCUGAGCCAGGAAACGAAGCCCAUCUUCAGUAUUAAUACUUCCAGAGAGACCGGUGCACUCCCCCAAAGCCCAGUCCUGAAGACCCCCAUUCAGCCCAAGGCACGGAGACAAAGCGCAGUUGUAUCCCGCACCCCCUCCACCUCCAGCGUUGCUCUGUCCACCUCAGCCGUGGACGACUUCGAGGACCUGAUAAACGAAUUCACUGACGACCAUCUGGAGGACGAUGUGGACCCGGGCAUCGGAGAGGACGACCUGCUGCAGGAACUGUCAGAGAUGAUUGACAGCUGAGGGUUCCAUCUAAAACAAUCACCACUACACCCCAAUUUCUCAUCCACAACCAUGGCUUUCUAUUUACAAGAAGUGAAGACCAUCAUAUCUACUACGGAUCAUUUUUGUUUAAUUUUUUUUUAGCUUUUAUGUUCAAGAUUUUUCAUCCUGUCAGAUACAAAUAUUUUGCCCGUAUGAUCCUCUUAUAGCCCAGGAGCUUAUUCUGCAGGGCUUUGGUUUUCUUUAUCAUGUCGGUUUAGGAUCAGUGUGAUCAGUGUUUAGGAUCAGGGCCUGCAACAUGUCCAGGCCCUGAGAAGAAAUCCUGAGAGAGGCUCUGGUUCUGUUAGUAAACAUCCUGAGAUUGUCAAAAAUCUCUGGAUAUUGUUAUGUGAAGUAAUAUUGGUAUACCGAUUAUGCAAAGGGAAUAGCGAGCGGAAUUAAAGAAAUAAUCAAGACUGCUGCACUUAAUAAUAGACUGUCGCCGACUAACUUUUCAUUCUGUUGUUUAUGUUUGGAAGAGAAUGUUGCUGCUCAGCUCGUUCCAAGAUUACGACAAUAAAUGUUUUAUUUUGAUAAUGACGACCCUGUCAACAAAGCAAUAAAGGUCAGUCCCUGAGAAAUUAUGUUUUCCAGAAGUAGUUGUUAACAUGAGUAUCUUAUCCAUCAGUUUAAUGUGCUUUAUAUACUUUUCCACUCAGAUCUUAUGGAAUGCACCUUCUGCCUGUGACUGUCCCGACCUAAGUCUUUUUUAAAUAUUUUUUUUUUGUAUAAUGUAUGUAUACUUUUUAACCAGAUCUUUUAUCCGGUGGGUAAACUUUAAAAAGACUAGUCUGGGAUCAACUUAAACUCGCUUUCUUGUCUUUGUUAAGGAACACCUCAGGGACUGUUUCUGAUUUUGUAUGCUCUUCAUAUGAUUCACAAACACUGUAUUUCAUUUCAACAAUGCUGUCUUUAGUUGUAUUUUUUGUGUAUGUUUUUUUUUUUUCCCGCUAUUGUGUAAGCAUUGGUUUAUGAGUGGUCUGAGCCGAGAUCAUUGUCAUUUUUUUGUCUUUAUGUUUGCGUUGUCCUGACCUGUUUCCUCAUGCUUACUGUUCAGAGUGACUUGUACAAAUUGCUGUGUAAAUAAAAUAAUGCUUUUAAUGACCAA